GUUGUUGUAGUUCAGAUUGGAGGAAGUAGCUAGAAUAACUUUACAUUUUAAAUUGACAUAUUACAGAUGAUAUGUGUAUUAAUCCACAGAUUGCGUGAAAUGUAAUUCAUUUGAAUUAACCACAGAAAUGGACAUCUGAAAGCAUGCAGAAUGACCUGUUACCAUCUGCGCGUGCGAAGCCAGAUAAGCUCUCCCUUGAACUGUACAAUCAGCUCAUCAAGAAACUCAGAGGUCAAGGCAGGGCGUCUAUGCCAGUGACAGAAUGUGCGUUUUUGAAUAAGUCAGUGGAUUCUACGAACAUUCAGUCUAUGCCAUUGACAGAACGUGUGUGUUUGAAUAAGUCAGUGGAUUCUACAAACAUUCAUAGUGUGGUAUCUGCGCAGAAUCCAAAGACUCGAAAACGCCAUUCUUCUGGAGAAGUUGUGAGAGCAAAACCUGAUGUAAGUGUAAUUAAGUUAAGUCUUAAUAAUGUAGGUAAAAAGGUUACUGGCACUUGCAAUGAUUUAAAAGUUUUGGAAUGUGACAGUGCUACCAAUUAUGAAGAGGAAUGUGUGUCACGAAUUUCAUCUGCAUUUCCAGAAACAAAACAUGCAUCCUUAUUUUCCCAACAUGAAGAUGACAACAAUAGUAUCACAGAUGAGUUUGAGAGCCAUGCUAGUAGAUGUAUGAAAAACAAAUCAAGAACUGGAAUGAGUUCGUUAAAAAAGAGCAAGUCAAAAUGCGUGAAUGAAGUCAGUUGUGAACAACACUGCACUGAAGCCCAAAAGGAGACUGUAGUGGGAAUUGAAACUGGAAAAGACAAUAAAGGCGGAGGAAAUGCACCAAGCAGUAAGAAUACGUCAUUGAAGUGCUUUAGAACUGUCAAACAAAUAAACAAAAAUAGCCAUAUGAGUGAAAGUAAAAUUUGUUCAGAAAGUGAAAAUAGAAAACCUUCAAAUUCCAAAAAGAGAGUAAACUUACAAGAAAAUGUUAACAAUAAUUACAUUAAAAACAAAAGAAUAAAGUUAAGCUGUGUCGUGAAUAAAGCAAAUCUACAUACAGAGACAAAGCAGUCGGAACACGAUAGUAUUACAAUGAUACAUGUUGAGACAAAGGAGCAUACUAAUACAAAUGGUCACAUGCUCAGACAAACUGCACAUUCAAACAAGCCCAUACCACAGGACAGGUCUGGAUUUAUGCCCCUAGACGAUAGUGGUACUUGGGUUGAUGGGGUUAGCUCAAGUAAAGAUAGAAACUCUGCCAACCACACCAUAGAUGUAUCUGGUGCGCUGGAAAGUAUCAUGCCUUUAAAUGCAGUAACUGAAAUACAAUGUUCUUUCAAUAGGAAAGCUAAACUAGCGAUUGACAAGGAAAAAGGUCUUCUGAACAGAAGGAUGGCCACAAGUAGUAUUUGGGAAUCUUUGAAUGCUCAAUAUCAAUGACAUGAUCAGAUAUGCUACACUAAAUUUAAAUUUGUUGUGUUAUCAAAGAUAUGCCAUUACAUGUAGCAUCAAAUAUGCAGUGUUUCGAAAAUAUGGUACAGGCUUUCUCUUUUUCCUUUCAGACUCAUGGUAUUUUUUCUAUUAAAACCUGGACGUAACAUUAUACCAGCUCAAACUCAACUAAUAAAUUCAAUAUGAAAUGUAAAAUUAUUGUUAUAAUUUAUAAUUCCUGACUUAGUUAUGUGUUUCUUGUGUUAAUCUUGUUGUUUCAUGAUUAAAUUUGCAAACUU